AUGGAGGCUCACAAGCUCCAACCGCGUGGUGAACAAAGAGUUCACAUCUCACAGCUCCCGAUGACGUGGCGAAAUUGGUAUAAGCACCUAAACUGGUGGGGAAUUAUCCUUACUAUAGUAGUUCCUCUUUACGGCUGCCUCCAGGCAUUCUCGACACCUCUUCAGAAAGAAACAGCAAUAUGGUCAGUCUUAUAUUACUUUUGUACGGGAUUUGGCAUCACUGCAGGCUAUCAUCGUCUUUGGGCACAUGCAUCAUAUGGGGCCUUCUUACCUUUAAAGGUCUUUCUGGCCCUGUCCAUAGCUCACUGGUUAGGAGAGCAACCAUUCGAUGACCGGAGAUCAUCACGGGAUCAUUUGAUCACUGCCCUUCUUGCAUUGGGAGAAGGGUAUCAUAAUUUCCACCAUUCCUUUCCCUCGGACUAUCGCAAUGCAGAGAAAUGGUGGCAAUAUGAUCCGACUAAAUGGAUUAUCUGGGUAUGGGGUCAGCUUGGGCUUGCUUAUGACCUUAAGACAUUCGCGGCCAGCGAGAUUCUAAAAUGUCGUCUGCAACAACGGCAAAAGCUUCUUGAUCAUGAGAAGCUGCAGCUUGAUUGGGGAAUUCCUAUUGAGAGCUUACCGGUGAUUCAAUGGAGGGAUUAUAUUUACCAGACAGAGGUCUCGAAGCGUCCUCUCAUUGUCAUUUCGGGUAUUGUGCAUGACGUGUCUCGCUUUAUGGAUACACAUCCUGGUGGCCGAAUUAUGAUCCAAAGCGGUAUCGGAAAGGAUGCCACAUCCAUGUUCAAGGGAGGUGUCUAUAUGCAUUCAAAGUCAGCUCACAACCAGCUUGCGAAGAUGAGGGUGGCUGUCAUAUACGGUGGUGGUGAAGUUGCUGAUUACCAAAGACAAGAGGAAUGA